UCAAAAUCAAAUUGCUAUUUGAUAUUUCAGGAAUUUUGGAUAAAUUAAUAAAUUAGAUCCAAUCCACGCUUAAUUUCUCUCUCUCUUGAGAUCUUUUGUCUCAUAUCUGUUUAUAUUACUCAGUACUUAGUUAAUAAUGGGGAAAAGGCAACAUCAAAAAGAUAAAUUGUACUUGACGUACACUGAAUGGACUACAUUAUACGGAGGCAAAAGAUCUGGAACAUCAACGGAAGAAGAUACAACAUUCAAACGACUUCCUUUUGAUCAUUGUUGUUUGUGCCUGCAACCGUUUGAUGAUCCUUUUUGUGAUGGCGAUGGUAACGUUUUUGAAUCUGAAGCUAUCAUAGCUUUCAUCAAAAAAUUUAAGAUUAACCCAGUAACUGGGAAGAAACUUGAUGUAAAAUCAUUAAUACAAUUGAAGUUUUUUAAAAAUGCACAAGAUGAAUAUCAUUGCCCUGUUCUAUUCAAACUGUUUACUAAAAAUUCGCAUAUUGUUGCAAUUCGCACAACGGGAAAUGUUUACUCCCACGAGGCUGUGGAACAACUCAACAUCAAAGGGAAGAACUGGAAGGAUCUCAUCAAUGAUACUCCAUUCACCAGGAGUGAUAUUAUAACUAUACAGGAUCCCAGCAAUUUAACCAAAUUCAAUAUUUCUAAUUUCCAUCAUAUCAAAAAUAAUUUAAAGGUUGAAACAGAGGAGGAAAUUGCAAUGAGAAAAGAUCCACAUGCAAGAUUAAAAACUGUAUCUGCUGAAACAAAAGACAUUUUACAACAGCUUGAAAAAGAUUACAAAGCACCCGAAGUAAAGGAAACUAAAAAAGAGAUGGCAGAUACGUUCAAUGCUGCUCAUUUCUCAACCGGCAUGGUGGCAGCCAGUUUUACAUCUACUGCGAUGGUUCCGGAAACAGUGCAUGAGGCUGCUAUAAUUUGUGAGGAUGAAGUCAAAUAUCAGAGAGUCAAGAAGAAAGGUUAUGUUAGACUGGUUACGAAUCUAGGACCGUUAAACUUUGAACUCUACUGCGACGUGACUCCUAAAGCUUGCGACAAUUUUAUAAAACACUGCUAUAGUGGUUACUACAAUGGUACCAAGUUUCAUCGCUCUAUAAGAAAUUUUAUGAUACAAGGUGGAGAUCCAACCGGUACAGGUCUCGGUGGGGAAUCUAUUUGGAAGAAACCUUUUGAAGAUGAAAUCAGACCGAAUUUGCAUCACACAGGCCGUGGAGUUUUGUCAAUGGCUAAUUCAGGACCCAAUACAAAUGGAUCCCAGUUCUUUAUAACAUUUAGAUCAUGCAAACAGUUAGAUGGCAAGCACACAAUAUUUGGCAAACUUGUUGGUGGUUUGGACACACUGAAUGCAAUGGAACAAAUUGAAGUUGAUAAUAAAGACAGGCCAAUACAGGAUAUUGUGAUAGAAGUCGGCCAGGUGUUUGUUGACCCAUUUUUAGAGGCUGAAGAACAGUUGGUUGUUGAAAGAGCAGAGGAAUUAAAGAGACAAGCGGAAGAAGAGGGUCCAGGUGUAAAGCCUAAGAAAGCUAUCAAACAACCACUGAAAGUGUUCAGGGAUGGUGUUGGUAAAUACUUGAAUUUAGAUGAGUUAUCGAAAAGCAAAAUUAAUAAAUUACAAGAAUCACCAGCUAAGAAGGCUAAAAAGGAUAGUAAUUAUAAGUUUGGAAGUUUUGACUCAUGGUAAAGUGUAAUGUAAAUACAAUAUAAU